CUCACAGACACCUCCUCUCCCGAUCCUCGGCAGGUAUAAAGACAGCCCUCCACCACCAGUCAGUCACAUUCUACCACCAUGAAUCCACUCCUGAUCCUUGCCUUUGUGGGAGCUGCUGUUGCUUUCCCCUUUGACGACGAUGACAAGAUCGUUGGGGGCUACACCUGCGAGGAGAAUUCUGUCCCCUACCAGGUGUCCCUGAACUCUGGCUACCACUUCUGCGGUGGCUCCCUCAUCGGCGAUCAGUGGGUGGUGUCAGCAGCUCACUGCUACAAGUCCCGCAUCCAAGUGAGACUGGGAGAGCACAACAUUGAAGUCCAGGAGGGGAAUGAGCAGUUCAUCAACUCGGCCAAGGUCAUCCGCCACCCCAAAUACAACAGCUGGAAACUGGACAAUGAUAUCAUGCUGAUCAAGCUCUCCUCGCCUGCUGUCAUCAAUUCCCGAGUGUCCACCAUCUCUCUGCCCAACGCCUGUGCAGCCACUGGCACCCAGUGCCUCAUCUCGGGCUGGGGCAACACUGCGAGCUCUGGAGCCGACUACCCAGACGUACUGCAGUGCCUGGACGCUCCUGUGCUGAGCCAGGCUCAGUGUGAAGCCUCCUACCCCGGACAGAUUACCGAAAACAUGAUCUGCGUGGGCUUCCUCGAGGGAGGCAAGGAUUCCUGCCAGGGUGACUCUGGUGGCCCUGUGGUCUGCAACGGAGAACUCCAAGGAGUUGUCUCCUGGGGCUAUGGCUGUGCCCAGAAGAACAAGCCUGGAGUCUACACCAAAGUCUGCAACUAUGUGGACUGGAUUGAGGAAACCAUCGCUGCCAACAGCUAAAGCCCCUGGUCCCUCUGUAGUCCCUAUAGCAAUAAAGUGACCCUGCUGUCAC